UGCAGUUCUUAAAUUUCAUGGUAGAGUGUGUUGAGUUCAAAACUUGUGCUCCUCUUUCUCACCCUUCAAGAUCUGUCCGCCGUUCUCUCUCAGAAAACAAAAAUCUCAGCAGGGAGUUUUGUUUCCUUUUGCAGUCUCAUCUCUUUCGAACAACUUUCAACUUUUCACUCUCGGUAAUCGAAGAAAUCCCUCACCAUUUUUGUCCCUUUCUCUGUAAAUGUUGAAAACAAGGAAGACGGUGAACUUCUCUCGAUGUCUGUUUUACUUCUUGCUUGCAUUUUGCUUCUUCGAUUUCGUCUCUGCAGCCACUCUCGCAGAAGAUGAAGUUCAAGCUUUAAAAGACAUAGCGAGAACCAUGGGGAAGACGGAUUGGGAUUUUAGAGUAGACCCUUGCAGUGGAGAGGCCGGUUGGGUCACUCCGAACCCGGUCCAAGGACUAGAGAAUGCGGUCACCUGUAACUGCAGCGACGCCAACAAUACUCUGUGUCACGUCGUUAGUAUAGUUCUCAUGGCACAAAGUCUCCCGGGUACUCUGCCACCAGAACUUGUCAGGCUCCCUUUUCUCCAAAAAAUUGAUCUCCAUCGAAACUUUCUCAAUGGUAGCAUUCCUAAAGAAUGGGGUGCAUUGCCACUAGUUAAUAUCUCUCUUCUUGGAAACCGGCUAACGGGUCCGAUUCCUAAAGAGAUGGGCAAUAUUACCACUCUUGCCAGUUUAGUUGUAGAGUCCAAUCAUCUAUCAGGGGAGUUGCCUCCGGAGCUUGGACAUCUACCCAAUCUUCAAAGAGUAUUGCUAAGCUCAAAUAACUUCAGCGGGGAAAUCCCAGAAGCAUUUGCUAACCUAAUAUCACUGAAUGACUUCCGUAUCAGUGACAAUCGAUUUACGGGAAAGAUUCCAAAUUUUAUUCAGAAUUGGACUAAUAUAGAAAAAAUAGCCAUGCAGGCAACUGGUUUGGUUGGGCCAAUUCCUGAUACUAUUGCCACUCUUGAAAAGUUAACUGAUUUGAGGAUUACUGACUUAACUGGACCUGCAGCCUCUUUUCCACCACUUCAAAACAUGACAAAGAUGAAGACACUGAUUCUCAGGAGUUGCAAUAUAAGUGGAUCAAUACCUGGAUAUCUGGGAGACAUGACAAACUUAAAGCUCUUAGAUCUCAGCUUUAACAAAUUGAGUGGAGAAAUUCCAGCCAGUGCGUCUGGUCUGGUACGCGUGGAUAAUUUAUAUUUAACUGGAAAUAUGCUUAGCGGAUCAAUACCUGAUUGGCUGCUGGACGGAAGUGAAGACGUGGAUCUUUCGUUCAACAAUUUUACAACUCCAAGCUCCGGUGCAUCAAGCACUUGUCAACAGCAGAAUGUGAACUUGUUUGCGAGCUCUUCAAACGGCAAUACCUCUGGGGUGGUCCGAUGUUUGAGCGGUCUUCGCUGUCAAAGAACUAAUUUUGGUCUCCAUAUCAAUUGCGGUGGAAGAGCAGUGACUAUUAAUGGAAACACAACAUUCCUAGAUGAUACAGAUGGAGCUGGACCUUCAAGAUUUAUUGAAAGAAGUAACUGGGGACUUAGCAACACAGGGAACUUCCUGAAUGAUGAUCGUUCAUCAGACACAAAUAUUUGGUCAAAUUCCAGUGUGCUUUCUGUCAAAGAUCCACAGUUAUACAUGCAAGCACGCCUUUCUGCCAUCACUCUGACUUACUACGGAUUUUGUAUGGGAAAUGGAAAUUACACAGUAAAUCUCCACUUUGCUGAGAUUGUGUUUACUGCUGAUAAAACAUUUAAUAGCCUGGGAAGGCGUGUAUUCGACAUUUACAUUCAGGGGAAGCUUGUGCAGAAAGAUUUCAAUAUUGCAGAUAAAGCUGGAGGUGUUGGUAAAGCGAUUAUAAAAAGUUUCAUUGCAAUUGUGACCAAUGGUACCUUGGAGAUCCGCUUGUAUUGGGCUGGGAAGGGAACAACUGGUAUCCCUGUUAGAGGAGUAUAUGGUCCUCUUAUAUCAGCUAUUUCUGUCAAUCCUAACUUUGUACCUCCGGCAGAACCAAGCAGUGUAAGUGCUACAUCUGCAAAUGCAGCGGCUGGGAUCGUAGUUGCAGUAGUAGUUGUUGUUUUGCUGGUUUUGGGUAUUCUUUGGUGGAAAGGCUGUUUCAGACAUAAAAACACACUGGGGCAAGAUCUAAUUGGUUUAGACCUCAAAACUAGUUCAUUUACCCUGUGGCAAAUUUGUGCUGCCACAAACAACUUUGAUCCAGCCAACAAAAUUGGGGAAGGUGGCUUUGGUCCUGUUUUUAAGGGUGAAUUGGCAGAUGGGACUGUUAUUGCAGUUAAACAGCUAUCUGCAAAAUCAAAACAAGGAAAUCGCGAAUUCAUCAAUGAGAUUGGCAUGAUUUCUGCUCUACAGCACUCUCAUCUUGUAAAAUUAUAUGGAUGCUGCAUUGAAGGAAAUCAAUUGUUGUUAGUCUAUGAGUACCUGGAGAAUAACAGCCUUGCUCGAGCAUUAUUUGGCCCAGAAGAAUGUCAGCUGAAAUUAGACUGGCCAACAAGACAGAAGAUCUGUGUUGGAAUAGCAAGAGGUUUGGCAUAUCUGCAUGAAGAAUCAAGAUUGAAGAUUGUGCACCGGGACAUCAAGGCGACGAAUGUGCUACUAGAUAAGGAUCUCAAAGCUAAGAUAUCUGACUUUGGAUUGGCUAAACUUGAUGAAGAGGAAAAUACCCAUAUCAGCACCAGAGUUGCCGGAACUUUUGGAUAUAUGGCGCCUGAAUACGCAAUGCGAGGCCAUUUAACUGAUAAAGCGGAUGUUUAUAGUUUUGGAGUUGUUGCUUUGGAAAUUAUUAGUGGGAGGCGCAACACUAGUCACCGGCAAAAGCAGGAAGCUUUUUAUCUUCUUGAAUGGGCUGAAAGUUUGAAGGACGAAGGAAAGUUAAUGGAGCUAGUUGACCCCAGGUUGGGAACAGACUUCAACAAGAAAGAGUUGAUGGUGAUGAUCAAUGUGGCUUUCCUAUGCACUAAUCAUGUUGCUGCUGCCAGACCUUCCAUGUCCUUGGUUGUCAGAGUGCUAGAAGGAAAGGCUGCUGUCAACGAAUUGGCUUCAGAUUUAAGUUUCUCUAAGAGUCAAGUGAGUGCUGAGGUUAUGAAGAAGCACUACCAACAGCUUGAUCUAACUGACUGACACUACAUCGACAGUUGAUCCAAUGUCUGCCUUCUACAUCGGCAGCUGAUCUCUAUUAAGUAAAUCUGGAUUUCGGUUACUUCGAGGACAGAGAAUGAUCGACAAGAUGGUAUACAUUGUUUCCCCGCGUGGUUUGUCACUUCAUGCUCUCAACCCAACAAGUUCUCAUCAUGUAUAGUUUACUCCUGCAUGAAAAAGUUUCUUGGAGAUCUUUCUGCCUUUUUAAAUUAAGAUGGUAACAAGGCUUGGUUAUUGAUGUUGGUGACGUGAUAAUUGUAUAUGUUGAAAACAGAAUUGGUCAUUCACCUGUUUGCCGUUAUA